UUGCAGCCAACAGUAUUCCCUUGUGAAAAUUUCGAUGACGAAGAAGAUGCCAAAGCUCUCAAACAAGCUUUCAAAGGCUUCGGUACAGACGAAGAAGCAGUUAUUGAAAUUAUUACCAAAAGAAGCAACGAACAACGUAGAGCAAUAGCAACUAGAUUCAAAACCAUGUAUGGCAAGGAUUUGAUCAAAGAACUGAAAAGCGAACUCAGAGGAAAUUUUGAAGACGUCAUAAUUGCCUUGAUGACCGAACCGAUAGAAUUCCAAGCAAAGCAACUUCACAAGGCUAUCAGUGGUUUGGGAACAGACGAAAGUACCAUAGUGGAGAUCUUAGGAGUACACAAUAAUGAUGAAGUUGUGAGGAUAGCAGACGAAUACGAAGGAUUGUAUCAAACAUCCCUAGAAGCUGAUAUCAAAAGUGAUACAUCUGGUACUCUGAAGAGGUUAUUAGUGGGAUUAUCAACUGGCAACAGAGACGAAUCCAACUUGAUAGAUGAAGAUGCUGCCUUCACAGAUGCCCAAAACCUCUUGCAAGCUGGAGAACUCCUCUUUGCUGGAACUGAAGAAUCUACCUUCACAGCAGUCCUCUGCCAAAGAAAUCGACGUCAACUCAACGUCAUCUUCGAUAAAUACGAGGAAAUAGUUGGCCAUUCCAUCGAAACCGCCAUAGAAAAUGAAUUCUCAGGUAACAUCAAGGAUGCCAUGUUGGACCUGAUUGCUUGCGUAAGGGAUAGGACCUUGUAUUUGGCGAAAAGGCUGCACGAUUCCAUGGCUGGAAUUGGAACUGAUGAUAGGACACUGAUAAGGAUAGUAGUGGGGAGAUCAGAAAUGGAUUUGGUCGAUAUCAAAGAAGCCUAUGAGGCUAAAUAUGGGAAGAGUUUGGCAGAGAGGAUAGCUGAAGAAGUAUCGUCAGAUCUCAAAAAAACUUUACUUGCCCUAGUUUACUAG